AUGCACAUGCGUAGACUACGGAUUGCUAUUACGAAAGUACUAGCAAUUAUAUUCAUGCUUCCCUUCAUUUAUAUCAGUUUCCGGAAACAUUUUUAUAUGAAUCACGAGGAUGAGGGUGUUGGUGUAGAUGCGUGUGCCGUGGAGAGCGCCGCCCAUCACCAUCCACACCGACCUGUCCUGCUGUUGGUGACCGCCCCUGCCAUACUUCACCCACAACCACUACUUCAGAUUGUGGAAGACUUGGAGAAUGUGGAGUUGGCUUACCUGGAUCUGGACCAGGUUUUCAGUGAACCUCCACUCAAGUCAUGGCAUAUCCAACGUCUCUGGCUCUAUAAUGAAGAGUUUACAUCCGUCUUUAUUAGCGACGCAGCCCGUGCGGAACUCUUGCGACGCUUCGGAGGAACCUACCUUGACCUCGAUGUGUUGACGCUGCGACCUCUUCCUGAUCUUCAACCUUACCUAGGUCGUUAUAAUACUGACAUGGUCAACAAUCACGUCUUGAGCUUUCCCCCACGACAUCCAUUCAUCCAGGUGGGAAUCAUGACGAAACCAGAGGUUCAUGUUGAUCUUCAGUUAUAUGUAUUUCAAUAAUAUUAUGAAGACACCUGAGCAAACACAAGGGACCUUGAUCACUUUAACAAAGGUUAAAAAGGCAGUAUAUAUAGGCGGAGAGUAGGGUGAGAGUGACAUAUGGUGACCUGGAUGGACAGGUAGACAAUGUGAUCAUGUGACUCCUGUCACAUGAUCAUAUAUUUUUUAAACUGUGUAGCUUCCAACAUUAUGUUAUAAGGUGUCGGUGACGGCGUCCUCACAGAACAAGAUCUUAAACGCCGACGAUGUCUGGCAGCCUCGCUAAUCGCCGUCACCGACACUAUAGAACAAUGCUGGAACUACAAAAUUUUAAAAACAUUAGCAUACAUAAUACUCAUUCAGGCAAAGUACCACCUACCUAACACCACAGUAGUUAUAUGAUUACAUUGUUUACCUGUUCUCAUCUCAGUAUGUCAUUCUUCAUGUCACCACACCUCCCUCACACCUCACUCUUCGCCUAUAUAUAAUGUCUUUUAACCUCUGUAUGUUAGAAGUGAUCAAGGUCCCAGAACCAAAACGUUUUCUAAUAAAUAUG